GGCAGAGACAGCUUGCUAGCUUGCUUUCCUUGGCAACAGUUUUUCUUUGAUUCUCCGCAAGGGGGAGAGUUGUUCAGCCGCCGCCGCAAUCAGCUGUUGAGUUGAUUAACACACAAUGCAGUGCAGCAGUGGCUCCAGUUGGUUCGUUACCAUUCUCUGUUUCGUUCUGUUGACGUGUUUGGCGGUAGUGGGGGCACAGUUACCGUCCGACCUCCGUUGGAAGCCAGCCAUAGCUACCUGGUACGGAGAUGCCGAAGGCGACGGCAGUGUCGGUGGAGCGUGUGGAUACGGGACAAUGGUGGAUGUUAAGCCAUUGAGGGCUCGAGUUGGUGCGGUGGGUCCAUUGCUGUUCAAGAACGGUGAAGGUUGUGGGGCCUGCUACAAACUGAGGUGUUUAGACCGGAGUAUUUGUUCGAGGAGGGCCGUGACCAUAAUUGUGACGGACGAGUGCCCAGGGUGUCCUAUUGGGACUACCCACUUUGACCUGGGCGGUGCAGCCUUUGGUCACAUGGCUGUAGCCGGUGCGGGUGGCCAGCUCAGGAACCGGGGCCAGCUCCCUGUCAUUUACCGCAGGACUCCGUGUAAAUAUCCAGGGAAGAACAUAGCCUUCCAUGUGAAUGAAGGUAGCACAGACCACUGGCUAUCCCUACUAGUGGAGUUUGAGGAUGGAGAUGGAGAUAUUGGGUCAAUGCACAUCAGAGAAGCAAGUUCUAGUGAGUGGCUACAGAUGAAACAUAUAUGGGGUGCGAGUUGGUGCAUUAUUGGGGGACCCCUAAAGGGUCCAUUCUCAGUGAAGAUAACAACACUAUCAACAGGAAAAACACUAUCAGCAAGAGAUGUCAUUCCCAGAAACUGGUCUCCAAAAGCCACUUACACUUCUCGCCUCAAUUUCUUCUAAUACACAAUAUUUCAAGGGCCUCAUCACACGUUAAAAUAUGCUAUUGUGGGUUUUUUCAAAGAAGGGCAGCCAUUGGAUUGCCAAUAUAUAUAUGUCGCAUCCAAUGUUCUUUCUUUCUAUUUUUUUUUCCUACUAUUGUAGUUUGAGAGUGUGUAGAGAUCCAUCUGUGUAGCCGCUACACAGAUGGAACUGUAGCCCUCUCCAAAUUAAGGAGAGAGAGCGAGUCACUUGGUUUAUCAUGUUUUUGUGUUAAGUGUGUGGGUCAUCUGGUCCUCAAUUGGUUUGGAGCUUGGACCAUUGAAAUCGAUUGUUUUGUGUAUUACUAAUGCAAGUCACUUUGGUUAUCAUCUUCCCUAGCAAACUGUUGGCAAAUCCUCUCUUUGAUCAUUGGUUGGAUUGCCAAAACUCUGCUUUUAAGUAGAAGAGAGAUGAAUACAAGAGAGGAU